AUUAUUGUCAUCAUAUUAGUCAAUGCACCCAUUACUCCCUCUCAAACCCUUCUUCUUCUCGCACAAUUCUAAUUUCUAAAUUUCAGCAAUGGGAUCCAAACCCUCCAUUUCCAACAUGCAACACAGAUCCACCAACCAUACCAUUCUAAGAAACUCAAACCCCACACCCACAACCAAAAUCUCCCCCGAUCUCAUUUUCGACAUUUUUUCAAGGCUUCCCGUCAAAUCCCUCGUGCGAUUCCGGUGCCUUGACAAGCUCUGCUCCACCUUCAUUGCUGACCAAUCUUUCGCCGCGGCUCAUCAGCCUCAUCCCCGGCCGAAACCGGGCCUUCUCAUUUCCUGUCCUACCCAGCUUCAAUCAGCCCAGACCUUCUUCUCUGCUGACCUCAACGGCGGCCCCGCCACGCACUGCCUCACACUCCCUCCUCGGUACUCCCGCUACACUACCCAAUCAAUUAAUGGCAUAGUAUGUAUGGAUUUUGGCCUUUGCGCUACCAUUUGCAACCCCAGUACUAAGCAGGCGAUCACUUUACCCCUUGUUUGUUCAAAGACAGCAACGGCUGCUUCUUCUACCUACUUUUGCGUUAACUCAUUAGGGUUCGACCCUGUUUCUAAGCAUUACAAGGUUUUAAAUUCAUGGCGGAAUUACCAAACGAACAAGACUGAAUAUCGAGUUUUCACAUUGGGUACUCAAUCAUGGCGGCUUCUGCACGAUGGCCCUCCUUACUAUCCUCAGCGGGAAAGCAUUUGCCUCAAUGGAUUCAUAUAUUUCCGGAGCUGGGUGAAUCUAGCUAGCAUGGAGGGACGAAAAAUUGCAGCCAUGGUUGCUUUCGAUGUGCAAAACGAAACUUUUCGAGUGAUCAAAAUCCCAAUUCGAGCCCCGCAUUAUGUGAAUACAUCUUGUUUGAUUCAAUUGGCAGGGCGUUUGGCUAUAGUUGAUUUUCAACUGGAUUUGAAGAACCAGUUAAGUCUAUGGGUUCUGGAGGACAGCUGGAAUGUGGUUUGGGUCAGGCACCACAUCGCCCUUCCUUCGUCUUGGAGGAAAAUGAAUAAAGACUACUUCGCUGUAGGCACCAUCGCUACAGGAGAGAUCCUACUAGCACCUCGCUGCCUAGUCAAUCCCUUUUAUAUGUUCUACUACGAUCUAGAAAGAUCCAACCUUAGAUGGGUGCAAAUUUGUGGGCUUCCAGGUUUUGAUUCUCUUGAUUUAUCUCGAAAUGCUGUUGCAGUCACCGGCUAUGAAGAAAAUAUAUUAUCACUAGCUUAAUGCCUGGAUGCCCUUCCCUACUAACUUAUUGCAUAUAUUUAGCGUUGUAUUCUAGUGAAAAGAAUGAUGGACAAGUUUUGUGGCAAUUCUGAUAUGGCCAGUGGGCAUGUUUAUGAUAUACUUUUUAAUUUCUACAGAGCUUGAGAUCAA